AAAAAGAAGAAGAAGAAGAAGAAGAAGCGUGAAGUUUGUUUGGCUCUGCUGAACAGAACCAUUUUACUAGCUUUAUGGCUUAUUUCAACUCAACAUAAUACUUCUAUUUGCAGGAAUAUCUAUGCAGGCUUGUACUAAGACAAUAGUACUUCCAGACUUUCGUUUCUGAAUGCAAAAAAAAAAAAGAAAAGAUUUUAUCUGUUGGAUCGAUAUAAGCUAAUCAGCACGAAGAAUAUUUGGACUGGAAUCUCGUCCUGUAAAACUUCGCCAAAUUAUUCCAAGUAGCAUGUUUUAACAAUGAAUUCUCUCUUCGGAGGAAAGGGAGGUCGUGUUCCGCCUCCAACAAGAAAGCUUGUUAUCCGUAAAGCCAAUAGUCAAAGAGAUUUGCGUCCCAUCAGUGAACGGUUGUCCUUAGAUAAGGUUUUAGGAAUAACUGCAUCAUCAAAUGCUUGCCUAGCAUGCAAUCCUGUGGAUGGAAUUGUUGCCUACCCGGCUGGGUGUGUUGUGGUGCUUUUCAAUCCACGAAGAAACAAACAAGAUUUUAUUCACAAUGUUUCGAGGAAAAGCAUCACUGCUGUAUCAUUUUCAAGAGAUGGGAAAUUCUUAGCUACUGGAGAGAGUGGGCACAUGCCUUCAGUGAGGGUAUGGAUUUUGGAAGAUCCUAGCCACCCUCAAACAUCUGAAAUGAAAAAAGGACAUAAACAUGGCGUAUCUUGUGUGGCAUUUUCUCCUAAUUUAAAGUUUCUUGUCUCUGUUGGCUAUCAGCAUGAUAUGUUAAUCAAUGUAUGGAACUGGAGGGAUGGAUCUAAAGUAGCUUGCAACAAGUUUUCCACAAAGGUUUAUGCCAUAUCAUUCUCUGAAAUCGGAAACUUCUUUGUUACAUCUGGAGUUCGUCAUGUAAAAUUUUGGUACUUUGACACAGAAUCCACUAAGUUAAAGCAUGAUAAAACCCUGCCUAUAAAAGGAAGAUCUGGUAUCUUGGGAGAGCUUAGAAGCCAUACAUUCUGUGAUGUGGCAUGUGGACUGGGUGAAAAUUCUGAGUAUACAUACUGUGUGACUACAGCUGGGGCAUUGUGCUCAUUUAAUUCAAAGAGAAACCUGGAAAAAUAUGUUGAAUUAGGAUCUUCCAAAGCACUCAGUAUGGCCAUAAGUGAGAAGUACAUAAUAUGUGGCUACACCAAUGGAUUUAUUAGGGUAUUUGAACCUUCAACUCUACAGUUUGUGGCAACUUUACCCAAACCUCACUUUCUUGGGGUUAAUGUUUCAGAUGGUAUUGAUCCAAGUCACAUGAUUGAUAAGACAAAUAACGCAACGUAUGCAGACACAAUAGCUCUUGCACUGGACUCCAAUAAUCACAGGAUAACCUGUGUUUACAAUGAUCAUAGCAUAUACAUAUGGGAUCUAAAAGAUAUCAAGAAAGUUGGUAAAAUCUGGUCGUCACUAUACCACAGUGGCUGCAUAUGGGGUUUAGAGAUUUAUCCAGAGGUACCUAAUCCAACAGAUAACAAGGAAGCCCCACUUCCACCAGGGACAUUUCUUACAUGUUCUAAUGACGAUACAGUAAGAGUGUGGAAUGUAACAGAGGGUACAAACAUUUCAACUGUAAAAAACAUCUACAGCAAGGAACUUCUGCGAAUCCUUUUCAUGGACAAGACUUUUGCAAGCCUAAAGAAUAAUGAAAUAAGUCCAACUUCUAAAAAUGUGCGAGAUGCAACUACAGAUGGGAAAAAUGGUGUCCGCACCAUUCGAACAAGCCCAGAUGGUCAGCACUUAGCAGUUGGUGAAAGAUCUGGAAACGUUAGGGUUUAUGACUGCAUGUUUCUGGAUGAAAUUCUGAAGAUUGAUGCUCAUGAAUCUGAAGUACUAUGUAUAGAAUUCUCUCCUCCAGAAUCAGGUUACAAACUACUUGCAUCAGCUGGUCGUGACCGCCUCAUUCAUAUCUUUGAUGUAAAGAGAGAGUUUACACUAAUCCAAACGCUAGAUGACCACUCAGCUUCCAUCACUUCUGUGAAGUUUAAUGUGGAUGACAACAAUGAUUUUCAGUUGCUAAGCUGUGGAGCUGACAAGUCUAUUAUCUUCCGUUCAGCACAAUAUAAUCCAGAUCUCCAGUUUGUUAGAAACACAAACUAUGUUGGCAAAACGACUUUAUAUGACAUGGCUAUUGAUUCCUCAAGAAAUGUUGCAGCCAUUGCAUGUCAGGACAGGAAUGUCAGGGUGUAUGAUACUUCUACUGGGAAGCAGACAAAGUGUUACAAAGGAGCACAAGGGGAUGAUGGAACUCUUGUUAAGAUUACUAUGGACAAAUCAGGAUAUUAUACUGCCACAAGUUGUUCAGACAAGACACUGUCACUUCAUGAAUUUGAUACAGAAGAGUGCAUGGCAACAAUGUCUGGUCAUUCAGAAAUAGUAACAGGAAUAAGAUUCACCAACAACUUGACAAAACUGAUUACUGUGUCAGGAGAUGGUUGUAUAUUUAUUUGGAGCAUACCAAUGACCUACACUCAGAAUAUGAGAGAACGGCUUAGUGAAAUUGGCCAAGAACUUCCCAGAGAAAUACAACCAGAAACACCUCUCAGGAGGGGUACUUACCGAAUUGAACAUAACAGUUUAGUUGUAGAAGACACUAAUGCUUUUGGGUCUCCAUCUAGUGACUUCCUCUCUGGUCGACUUGAGCUUGAUCCACCAGUUGCUGACUAUAGAUUUAGCAUUGGACAGUUACCUUCCUGGGCCAAGAAACAGAUCAUAGCUGAAGGUGGAUCAAGUCAAAUUACUCCACGGGAUCAGGAUUCAGGGGGUCCAUCACAUCCAGGUGGACGUUGGGCACAGCGGGUCAAUGAUGGAGAGUUGCAAGUUGUAAGUGAGACCAGUCCUCAACGUCCAAUAACCCUUGCACUAGAUCUUGGUGCUCCAGAGCGAAAGAAAUUUUCAACCGGUUAUGAUUCCUUCCAAGAGCAAGUCAAUGCAUUAGCAAAUAGUCCAUUAGAAAGAAAGUGCUCUCUUACAAAUGGGGAAGAUGAAGACUUGUUUCCUGUCAAUGGGAAAUUACAGUUAGAUGAAUUACAAGAAGAAGAUAGUGAAGUUCAGAUGAAAGCAGGUGAUAUGCCACAAGGUGUGACAUUAUCAAGAGGUAGUGAUCCUUUCUCUAGACCCAGAACCUGGACAGGUGAUAAGCUUUUGGUCAUUGAAACAGAAGAGAUUCAGUUUGAAGAAGCAGAGGAGUCAAAAGAAGAUGAUGUCAAAGAAAGUAUUAUCUACUUCCCACCUGCACAGGAUGAUAUGGAGACUGAAACAGCAAGUCCUCUACGUAAAAAUAUUUUUCCUGGUGUUAAAGAUUUGACUCGUCACUAUGAAUGUAUGCAAGCGACUUCUGGUUUGCGGUACUGGCACCAUGUCCAGUUGUAUCACAAAUCUCUAAACAACUUGGAUUACAAACCUCCCCAUGAGAAGCUAAACGAGGUUGAUAAAUAUUCUUUGAUAACUGAAAGAAAUGAGAAGAGAACCAGAUCUUUUCAAGUUACUGCUGCCCAGAAGCCUCAGCGACGGUCAGUUGGUGACACAGAAGAGCUGGAAGAAAAAAAAGAAAAGGUAGAUAAUAAGAGAAAAAUGGAAGACGAAUCUUCGAGCGAGGAAGAUGAUGAUCCACUAUCAGUUCUAGAUGAGAUGAAGACUGAUGAUGCUGAAGAUGAGAUAGUAGCAAGUGAUAAGUUUGAAAACCACGACGACGAUGAUGAAGAUGUUGAUGAAAAGUGUAGGAAAUAUUUUGACUGCCUUGGUUCAACACCAACCAAAGAGGAACCAGAAGAACAAAUAGCCACUCCAGUUGCACAUAUUGCAAAACCAGAAAACACUUUGCCAUUUUUAAAUGGUCGUCUAAGUAUCUCUGCUCGAUUUCUUUCCCGUUCGCUUCUCACCAGUACGCGUGCUACUGGCCAGCAGAAUAUGGAGAUAUUGAGUGAAGAAGAUGAGGCACAAAAAGCAAGGACAACAUCGCUAGAGGAGCAUAAAUUAGAAAUCCAGAGACGAAAAGAAGAAAUGGCUCGUGCAGUUGAUGCUAACCGCAAAAGACUUUCAGCAUUGAGAAAAGCGAAAGAGGAAAGAGAGCUUAGAAAUGCAUCUCCUCAAGACCCUACAACGGCUGUAUCAUCUUCAGUGACCAUGACCCUGAACCUUUCUCCUCGACGGAUUAGUACAGAAUCAGAACCUAAACCAAUUGUGCCCUCAAAAGACCUAUCUGUUAGUGAUCUUGGUGCAGCAUCUCAACAGCAACGAUCACUAUCAUCACCAUUUACUGUUCCUGUAUCGUCACAGCACGUGUCUCACACUGAAACGCAUACCCAAGAAAAUAACAUUGAUUUGAUUAGCACAACUACGGUAAAGACGACUUCUACGAAUCUUUUUGAGACAUGUUUGUCAACUGUAUCUGUUACACGAACCAACAAGGACCAACUCAUUCCUGAGAAGGAUGAAAAUGUAUGGAUCAAACGGAAUUCUUCUGAUAUCACAAGAGGAGUAGAAGAUGAACCGACGUCAGACCCAGUAAAACUGCCCAAAGACAAGGGAGCUGACGAAAAUACUAUAAGAGACGCGCAGAUUAUUAUCAGGUCUGAAGUGGCCCAAGAUAAUUACAGCUGCAAGGUGUUAAAAGAAAAGGAGAACAGUGGCGUAAAAGAAGAAACUAAAGAACAGAAAGAACAAAUUACAAAGCCAAGUGAAAUGGAAAGCGAACAGACUGGCAAAAGAGAAAUGGAAAUAGAAAAAGAAAAGGAGAGAGAAAGGGAAAAAGAAAAAGCAAGUGAGAAUGAAGAUACAAAACAACAAGAGAAGGCAAAUAUAAAUGUUGAAUUGAAAGAAAAAACAAGUAAAAAGGAAAGACCCGACGAGAAAGAAAAGGAGAGAAAAGGCGAAAAGGAGAAGGAAAGUAAAGAGGACAAGAAGGAGAGCAAGAAGGAGGACAAGAAGGAGGACAACAAAGACAAGAAGGAAGACAACAAAGACAAGAAGGAAGACAACAAAGACAAGAGGGAGGACAUCAAAGACAAGAGGGAGGACAACAAAGACAAGAAGGAGGACAACAAAGACAAGAAGGAGGACAACAAAGACAAGAAGGAGGACAACAAAGACAAGGAGGACAACAAAGACAAGAAGGAGGACAACAAAGACAAGAAGGAGGACAGCAAAGACAAGAAGGAGGACAGCAAAGACAAGAAGGAGGACAGCAAAGACAAGAAGGAAAAGGGUAAAACAGAUUCAUCUUCUGUCGGUAAACUAGAAAAGAGAGGUUCGUCCAGUUCUUUAAUGGCCCAGACCAAAUCAUCGUGGAGAAGGUCUUUGGGUUUCAGUGGGUUUUCUAAACAUAAAGACAAGAAGGAAGAAAGACGAGGAUCAUCCACGUCAUUUGCCAGUACCUUACGUUCAUCAGACCAACCUGUCCCCGGCAAAAAAUCGGAAAAGAUUUUAUUUCGAGAUAAAAGAGGCAAGGUUUCAGCUGAGGAGAGAAGAUCCAAGUCGAAAUCUCUAGGAGAUUUGGAUGCAAGAUUAAAACCUUUGAAGGAAGUCUUGAUACUUGACCCUUCAGUACCACCAUCACAUGUGGUGUCUACUGCUGACAUACCAAGUGGAGUGACCAAGACAAAAGAUGUAGAUAAACCAAGUACCAGCUCAACAUCACCACCGCCUUUUGCUGAUAGGAGGUCACCUAUUGGUAAGGACAAAGACGAAAAGAGUGCCAGCAAGCUUCAGUUGUAUCAAGACGCAGUCAAUCAGCUGACUCAAGCAUUCAAGAGCAUCAGCGAUUUGCAUUCACAGGUGUUAGAGGAUGAUAGCUGUGAAGACAAAGACCACAUUCUCUCUUUACUUACCAACACCUAUUCGAACAUGGAAGAGCAAUGUAAAGUCCAAAGACUAAAUGCAAGUCAAGCAUUCAAAUCAAGUAACCCAUCCAAGUCUUUGAGUAGCAGUCUAAGUUAUUCAACGAGCAAUAUUGAUAGUUUACGACCAAGUGGCUCGACAGGAAAGAUGAACCGAUUCACAUCAGAAGCUUGUCUUCCUUCUGCUGUCCAUGAGCAAGAAGACAUGUCUAGAGAAUUGUUGAUGAAAUACUCGGAUAUCCUAGUAGAAAUGGUCAAAGAAAAGUUAAGCAACUAAUAGUGUAUAUUUCAUAGCUCAAAUUGAGAGUAUUUGGUAGGUUUUCUAUAUUGAGAGAGAAUAUUUGAUACUAAUAUAUGAUGAACAAGGAAUUGUUUAUAUAUAACAAAGAAUGCAUGGCAUCUUUUUGUAUGGCG